AUCCAGGUAGCCAUGGAAACUGUUCAAGCAACAAAAACAGGUGCUGACGCCAGCUUUCACAAAAUAACAACUUAAAUCCUACACUCCCCCAGUUGUUGCGUUUGCCGAUCGAUCACUUCGACAAGAUGGAAGAGCAGCGACCUUCAGCUAAUCUGAAUUUAACAACGGAGUCAGCUCAACUUGUAAAAACUCUGCUGGACAGACACCGCCACGCUGACGAUCAUGUGAAUAAUAUGAAUUGGGUCACAAGCAAAGACUUUACAGUCGACGUGGGGAAAAAGCAGAUUGCGGAGUAUAUUCAAAGUUGGGAGCUGCAAUCCUGCUGGCUUUAUAGUCUGGACCCCCUCUACACGACCGAGGAGGAGCAUCAUACUCUCUACCACUACCGGGCCCGCUUUAGCACCCCGACCCCACGGGCACCGAUCCAGGGCACGGCUAGCGUCUAUUUCGUUGUGGACAUAUCCAAAGUCAGACCCCGGAGUCUGCCCGUAGAGGUGCACUUCAUAGUGGAGUCAAACAGGCUCGUACACACAGCGGGGAAGAGCAAGUUCAGAGAGAAGUGGCUGGCGGAUGUUAUUGAGAGCAAGACUCUGCUCCGAAGAGCAGUGGACCUCUGAAUCACACUGUUGAACCACUCAGCGGGAGAUUUCUGAACUUAAUGUCCCUCCUCCACUCAAAAGUGUGUUUUCUUCUUGUUCCUACAGUUGGAUGUUUGAGCUUCUCUGUGCAGAAUGA